AUAAUCCGAAGUCCAAUGGGCCAAUGGCAGCCCAGUUUGGUCCAAAACACAGCCAGUCCAAUCAUAAGGACGGCCAUUGCAAAUGUCCUCGUUCAGUCGUUCUGCUCUACUGCCUCUUGCAUUUUGUCGUUUUAUUCUGUAUAUUUUGAAGUUCGAACUGGUAGGGAGAGAGCCCGAGACAGAUCCGUCCUUCUUUAUCAAACAAUGGAGAAUCAGAAAAUUCAAGAGAUUUUAGAGAAACAAGUACUGACUGUAGUCAAGGCGGUAGAGGACAAGCUGGACGAUGAGAUCUCAGCCUUAGAUCGCCUGGACAGUGAUGACCUUGAGGCUUUGAGGGAGCGGAGGUUGCAUCAGAUGAAGAAGAUGGCGGAGAAGCGCCGUCAGUAUCUUGCUAUUGGCCAUGGGGAGUACUCUGAGAUCCCGUCCGAGAAGGAAUUCUUCUCCGUCGUGAAAGCAAGUGAACGGGUGGUUUGUCACUUCUAUCGUGAGAACUGGCCUUGUAAGGUGAUGGACAAGCAUAUGAGUAUAUUGGCAAAGCAGCACAUAGAGACGCGAUUUGUAAAAAUUCAAGCUGAGAAAAGUCCAUUCUUGACUGAGAGGCUUAAGAUCAUUGUUUUACCAACUCUUGCACUUGUAAGGAAGGGCAAAGUGGAAGACUACGUGGUAGGAUUUGAUGAGCUUGGUGGGACAGAUGAGUUUAGCACUGAGGAACUGGAGGAAAGGCUUGCUAAGGCUCAAGUCAUAAUAUUUGAAGGUGAAUCCUCUCAGAGUAUUGUAAAAUCAAAUGCACAAACCAAGAGGAGUGUCCGGCAAAGUGCAAAUUCUGACUCCGAUUCAGACUAAACCUGCAGGGCAGGUGAAAGCGAUCUGUUUUGAUUAGUUAUAGAGGGUGUUCUACUCGAGCGGUAUGAUUGAUCAGGAAUUAUAUGUAUUUUAUGUAAAAUUGUAUGGUCAUUGUCUUAUUGAUUAAAAUCAUCCCUUGGAUGGUAAUGCUAGGCUGGCCCUUGUGUUGAA